GAUUUAGCUGCAGGAAGCAUUAAGAAGGGAGAAGACUCCAAACAGGACGUGGUAACGCUCACGCUUUUUGGCUUUAAUGAGGACAAGCUCCUUUAGGACUUCUCAGAGGGUGACUUUUUUCCACCCCACUGGGUCACACUUUUUUCUAGUGCGCUCCUUUCUUAAUAGAAUCCGGACCUGGAACCCGUGGUGUUUUUCCUCUUUCUGCUGUGCGUAAUUUGUAUCCAGGAUCGAAAAAAGGCGACAGCGCAACAGCACGAGGACCAGAAAUCAACACAUAUAAAAGUAACUGUUGGAAAAUGAAAGCUGUCUUGGAUUUCUGCUUGAUUUUCCUCACGCUGCACACUCCCGGCGUGCUGUCCUUGUCCACACAUGUAGCAAUCAUCUACCCUCAGGACCCUGUACUUCGCAUUGGGUCUAACCUGACAGCCAGCUGCUGGGUCCACUCCGACCUUGGCGUCCAUGCCAGCUCUCUGUUCUGGACACUGAAUGGUCAACAGCUGCCCAGCUCCCUCUACAGAGUUCUUAGUUCGACUAACCUCAGUGUGACGCUGGCAGGACUCAAUGCCUCCAAGCAAACAUCUGGUGACAACCUUGUCUGUCAUAAUCACAAGGGACACAUACUGGCUGGCUCCUGUCUCUAUGUUGGCAUGCCUCCAGAGAAGCCGGUCAAUCUGACCUGCUGGUCCAGGAACACCAAAGACCUUACUUGUAGAUGGGCACCAGGAGGAAAAGGAGAGACUAAUAUCAGCACACAGUACAAGCUCAAGUAUAAACUCAGAUGGUAUGGUACCGAGAAACAGUGCGCAGAUUACACUCAUACUCAGCCGUACUCCUGCAGCAUCACACAGGACCUGCACCUUUUCACGCCCUACGAGAUUUGGGUGGAGGCCUCAAACCAGCUAGGCUGGGCUACCUCUGAUGUCAUCACCCUUGACAUCCUAGACGUGGUUACCACAGACCCCCCAUCAGGUGUGACCGUCAGUCGCGUUGGGCAACUGGAGGACCAGCUAAGUGUUCGCUGGGAGGCCCCGCCUGCUCUCAAAGACUUCCUGUUUCAGGCCAAAUACCAAAUCCGCUACAGGCUGGAGGACAGCCAGGACUGGAAGGUGAUGGAGGAUGUUGGGAAUCAGACUUCUUGUAGACUGGCUGGACUGAGACCUGGAACUGUAUAUUUUGUCCAGGUUCGCUGUAAUCCUGUGGGAAUCUAUGGCUCUCGCAAAGCUGGCAUCUGGAGUGAGUGGAGCCACCCGACUGCUGCAUCCACACCCCACAGUGAGCGAAUGAUGUCGGGCUCCUGCGACUCAAAGUCUAGCGGAGACUCCAACUCCACCUUGCGCAGGGAGCUGAAGCAGUUCUUUGGCUGGGUGCGGAAACACGCCUACGGUUGCAGCAGCAUGUCCAUGAAGUUGUAUGACCAGUGGAGAGUGCUGAUGCAGAAAUCCCAUAAAGUUCGCAACCAGGUAGGUUCUCCAAGGGGAUAAAUCAUAGCACAUGCUGGCUUUUCGAGCAGAAAACAAGUCAAGAAAAGAACCGAGUGAAUGUGAUCUGUGUUUAUGUGUGUAUAUGAGAAAAAGAGAGUGUAUUCGUAUAUCAGAAUUAUAAAGACAGUUUGCUCUGGACAUUUUGUGUGG